AACUCGUUAUCCCUUCAUUUCACGCCGAUAAUCUACUCUCCACGCCUCACUUGUAGUGUGAUUCACAACUCAUGGACCUCUGUUUCGACACGUGUAGAGCGGUUUCGAAUCCACUUUGUAUCCUCCAGUGGGCGAUCGCGCCAGGCAAUCCUUGAAAAGUCAAGCUUGACGUCAGGAAUAGCAAUAUCCAUUUUCAAUCCCACCCGAACUAAACAACCAACUAGGGACCAAAGCCCACGACGUAGGGCGGAAUCUUUUGGCCAGAUCAGGAUUGCGACUUGGCAAUUGCAGUCGCAAAAGCCAAGGCAGUUUGGUACGUGCCGUCACGAUGCACCCGCCACGCUAUGUAUGAAUUUCUCUAGGCGUAUAUUAUAUUACCAGCAACCACCACCUAUUCGUUGCCAACACUCGGCCGCCCAGGGCCCCUUCCUCCGUGUCGCUAUGCGAAGGUGCGAGUGGCUUACCUUACCAAGGACUUGUCAACGUAAUUGACUCUCAGCCCCCCUGGGCUGUGUGGGACGUCGACCAAUACAGACCAAGCAGAUGCGAAGCUCGCGUAUCGCAUACGCGUAUUGCUGGGCUUCAUUCGCUUGCCCGGCCAAACAAACAGGCAUCGAUCCAUAUCACAAUGACAUUGUCUGGACCUACCUUGCGACCACAAUCUCCGCCAGCCCUCGAGGGCAUCGUAUCAACCCAGACACCAAAAGGUUGGAUUAGAUGUUUGCUUGCUGCUCGCGGGAAGCGCAUGGGCUCUUCCCGCGCACAUGGCAGGGAUUCGCGUGGACGAAAACCGUCGGGUCCCGCGCACUCGGCCAUCUAUACUUCCGCCUCCCGCGACUAGACGUAGACUCCCUCGUCUCAGCCGUGGGGUAAUCAUCGUACAUAGUACAGUCCCGGUAGUGGUGACUGGAUGCGGUGCAAUCCUGCUCGGAACAGACAUGCCAUACCGCCCCGAUACUGUGGCUCCAUGAUCCCAGCUUUGCUUGAAGAAGGACUCGUGCCCUGCGUGAAUAAAGUGUGGGGAACAGGUCCAUGGAGUGGCAUAAUGGGAGCUAGCUGCGGCAACCAGCGCUCUCCCCAUCUUCUCGUCCAUCCCAAGGCAUCCGUUCUUAACUAUGCAUGGCGUUGGCAUCAACGCUCAACGUCUAUAACCACUUGACUCGACUUGCGCUUGACUCGAAUCAUCAUCAAGCUGACCUGCACGAGUAGGUGCAAGGUUGUAGAGGCCAUCCCUUGUACAAUGGUAUUUGUCCGAUUGAAAUAUAGUCAUUGUACCACACCCCUAAAGGAGGCAGGCACCCAAAUAAAAUGAACUCCUUUCAUUCCCCCUGGGAAAUCACAUUUCUUUGUUGAGUAAUCAAAACCAAAGUAGCCCAGACACGAACGAUUCCUCGGUUUUCGCUCCACACAUGGAAACAACUCCAAC